AAUGUUUGCGGGACUAGCACAAGGUCAAGCAGCCACUCUAGUUGUUGGUCUCUUAACUGUACCCCAUUAUGUAGCCGGUGCGGCCAACUGGCUAUUCCACAAUCGUCAUUUGAGAGCAAGAGACUGGGAACAACAUCCAGAUUACUUUCACUGGUAUCUUCGUGAUAGAAGACUAACUGGUAGUGAAUAUAAACCCACUGGCCUGGAAGGACUACCAACGUUAAGUGGGAAAGCCGAAUAA